UUGAGUGGUCUUUUAGGUGGUCUUUUGGGUGGCUCAACUAAAAUCGGCACCAGUAGUAAUGGAGGUGACCUUCUUGGUGGCCUGCUGGGCCCUAGUGGGAUCCUGGGUGGCCUUCUUGGUGGAGCAAAUAGUCCUUUGAAACUUUUACUAGAUCCUAAAUCUGGCCUUCUGGCUGGUCUUCUUGGAGGUCCGAAUGGGAAUCUUUUGAAGGGUUUGUUCGAUGGUAAAAAUGGCGUUGUCGGUGCAGUGACUGGUGUUAUCAACCAAGUGCUUUGUCUUCUAGAAAACCACGGUCUUGGAAUUGUCUUGCAACUUUUGAAACUUGUGCCGCUAGAUUCAAUUUUAGGACUUAACCAGGUUUGCCAAGCUGAUGGUGGAAAUGACCUUCUCUCUCUGCUUUUCAAAAAUGUCCUCUCUCUACCCUUAGUCAAUAACAUCGUAUGUCUCACUAAUUCUUUGGGCUUACAACCAGUUCUCCAGUUAGUUGAAAACAUUGGAAUGGGCAAACUUAUUGGACUUUCAAAAAUCAGUUGUUCUGGUGUCCCCCUCAUUUCACCAAAUUCUACUGCUUCGAACAUUCUUUCUCAAUUACUAGGAUCCCUGGAUGUUAAAAUCAUACUCUCAUCGAGUGUGGGUGCUCUUGCGAAUUUGGCUACAGAACUUGACUUGGCAAAUGUAUUGGAUGUUCAAAAAUUUGUUCCUCAACUGUUAUGCCUUCUUCAAAAUGGGCUAAAACUCGAUGGUGUAGUUAAAUUGAUCCAAAAGUUGGGUGUAGAUGUACUUCUUAACAUUACCAAUACCAACUGCAAGGACGGUAAACCUCUCUUUAGCGAUUUGAUUAAGGCGAGUGGGCUCUCCCUAGAAAAGCUUUUGGGUCAGUUAGGAUGUCUGUUGAAUGUUGCUGGUCUGGGCCCCGUAGAACAGCUUUUGGGGGAACUUAAGCUAUCGGUUCUGGGGGCACUCAACUCAAUGUGUAGCGCCCGAGGUGUUGACGGACUACUCGGCUCCCUCCUCCAGGGUGGCCUGGGGGCACUCAAGCCUUUGAUUUGUUUGUUGAAAUCACUCCCGGUUGUCGGUGAUGUCGUGAAACUGGUCGAAAAACUUGGCCUUGAAAAACUUCUCUUGGUAGGUAACUUGACUUGUGAGAGCGGGUCUUCGGCCCUUGAUUUAUCUUCUGUUCUUGACGUCGUCACCAACCUUGCCUCUUCAUUAAAUCUAGACGUUCUUGCUGGUCUAAAUUUGACGAACAUCCUCGAUUUGAAACUCAUCCUUGACCCAUUGAAUGGCGUGCUUGAUUUGCCAGGUCUACUGAAUUCAGUCGCUUGUCUGGUCGAACAUCUUGGCUUGAAAGUCGUCAUAGAUUUUUUGAAACAAGUCGGCGUCACAAAGGCGAUUGGUUUAAAUGUUGAACUUUGCACCGCGGUCAAUGGAACAUCCGGCAGUGGCGUUCUUUCUGUUCUUUUGAACGGUCUCGGAGAGAAUCUGUUAUUUGAUCUGUUUAACACACUCGGUGUCUCCCAACUUCUUCAGCUGGCCGAUUUCAUCAUACAAGAUGGCAAGUUACUUGGCCUUGAUCUUCUCGACAACCUCCUGUGUAUCGUGGCGUCUGCUGGAUUACAGCCCGUCAUCGACCUGUUGAAAAAAGUUGGUCUGGACAAACUACUGGGUAUCUUGGAUUUCUUCUGCCUAAAUGGAAAACCCAUCAGACUUAAUCAUACACUGGACAUCUUUGCCGAGGCUAUUAUUAGAUGCGAGGCUACAGACAGUGUUGAAUGCACUUCGUAA